CUCCUUCCUGUUGCUUGCGUGCUUGCUUUGUCCACUCGUGUCUUGGCCCAUUGCACAUAACUGUUCAGGCGGUGACUCGGCCUGCAUCGCAAACCCCUCAUGCCAUACUUAUAUUAUUGCUGCCAAUGCGGGGACGGGCCCAAGCUGUGGGAGAAUCAACCGUGGUGUAUAUUGUGUCGCCAUAGAGCCUGCUCUGGCUGUAAGCCUGCUGAUAAAUCAACUCCGGCCCAUAAGGGAGCCUCCCCCACUGUCGAUACGACCAUCAGCGGAGAUUCGGGAAAUUUCCCUGCCUACGCGCCCGAAUCCUGCGCGGCGUUCCACGAUAUCAGAGAAUCUAUGAGUGAUGUCUUCAUACACAGUACUCCGAUAGACUGUCGUCUACUUCUAGAGUGGGACCUUCGAAGGUUCGUCAAGGUCGAGCUCAACGGCUGCUGGAAUUUGGGUGCUCUUCUUACAUUAAGUGGCACCGUUGACAACGCUUAUGCCACCACCUGCGAGCAAUACAUCCAGCUCUUCUGGGGUGAGGACGGGCUGGCCGUGCUUCAGGCAGUUAAAAACCAUGUCAUGAAUAACGACUUGCCUCUCCCUCAAUUCGAGCAUUUGGGAGUGAGGUAUACCUUUGAAGCCGAUGACUGUGGCCGGUACAUCGAUGUUCAAGGGACUCCUAGGAACCUCUCCAUCUUCUUUCAGCUUCUCUCCUGGCUCGUCUGUACCUUCCAAGUAUCCCAGCGUGGCCCGCUCAAAGCAUAUCGAGGUGUAAUGCGGAAACCCGAUUCAGUUGGUUCUCGCACUUACUAUUCCAUUGAAAGGGAACCUCGCACCAUCGCCGACCAUGAAAGAGGCUCGUGUUGGUUACCGCUAUACCAGAAUAGCAAUCUGGCCCAUGGUUAUCCCGUUCCUCCCCGAACAGGGGGAAUUGGGCUUGAGCUUUCUUUUGAUGUACUUCUCACCUUAGGUCGGAUUCAUUACCCUCUUGAACUUCCGGAUGGCAUAAUCUUGAAAGGGCAUUCGACCAUGCUGAUCCCAACCUUGAUAUCGAGCCCCAAUUGCCUCCAGUGGCACUUUAUCGUCUCUGAAACACCCGAGAGGUACAUCGAGGUGGAUAGAAUCCCAGAUGGUCUUAAGGAAAACAUGAUUGAAUUGGAUGUGGACACUCUCAAAACCUACCGUGCUUUUGUUGGAUACUGCACACGGGCUCGUGUGCAUAUGGGGACAAAGCACUCCCAGUUUGACCAAAUUUGUUCGUCUGAAGCACGAAAUGCCCGGACUACCGUCCGUCUCGAACGUGAGAUCGCGCCCACAAUAAGCCUCUCAGGUCUAGGCUCAUUCGGGGCAGGAAUUGGAUCCCGAGUAAUCUUUCCUAGGGGGCUGAUUGCAUCGGUAGAGAACGAAGAGAUCUUGCUGGAGGAUCGAUUGUUGAACUCUCAAAGAAAUCCGUUGCUUCUCUACGAUGUCCCGAACCAAACCGGCUUUCUGGUCCCCGAACUCUGUGCUGUACUGGAAAUCGCCCACGUGUGGGCAGCCCGACAGGCAGAUAGGGACACCCUCCUUUCCGUGAUGCCUUUUGCAGAGGUAUCCCAUGAUGGCGGACAAGCCGCGUACAAUGCAAUUGUUGAAAAUCGAAACCUGGUCCUCCGGGAGGCGCAGGCCGACGAAAAGCCAUAUAUGUUCCUGACCAAACUCAAGGAGAUAUUUCGCUUCCUGGAACAGCGAAGAGAACUUCAGCGCGCCUAUAACUCUUCCAUUCGCAUGCUAGAGAGCCAUUCCAUUCGUGGCUGGGAGCUAUAUGAUAUCGCCGCCUGCAGAUCGUCUUGGGAGAAACAAGUCCGCCUCCCGCUGGGGAAAGCAAGUUGCUGGCGUGACAUCGUGCACGAAAAUCAGGACACGAUUGUGCUGUUUUGCCAGGGAAUGGCAGACGCGAUUCAGCCCGAGCCUGGGAGUGUCUGUGGAGCGUGGAUUCCUCUGCCACGGCGCGAGAACUUUCUCUUGGCUAGUACCUCAUGCAUCCGCGACUUGACGGAUAUACACGGCGGCAACCAACACAGACCGAAGCUGGGGAAUCAGCUGUUCGUUGAUAAAUUCAGAGAAACGGAUCCAUUUGGACCCUGCGACGCUGGGUCUGGAGGGACCUGUAACCGGGUCCUCAAACUCACGAAAAGUCGUCCCGGUGAUGAGUUUGUUCUACCAAAAGAGGGUGCCAUUGUUCUGGGCUCCCAGGACUAUCGACCACACCCUGGCCGAACAACACGGUCCGGGCCUCUAGAGAUCAGCGAUAGACUCUUCUCGCUUUUCAUCAAAUAGGGGGAUGCCCUGCAGUCAGCGAAAGAUGAGUGCUUUCGCUUUCCUUGGAUCCGGAGAUUCUUAUUUCUUUCUGCUAUCACGUAGAAUAGAUCCUCUUUUUCAUCUG